CCUAAGAUUUAGACCGUUGCAAAUAAAACCUUUUUCACUGUCAAGUUCUGCUACAUUGAUGAAAGGCAAAUAAUCUCAAGAAUAAGAUGUAUUAAGCUGUUGAUUACUCAAUCAGCCACAGAUACAGAAGAGAAAAGACACUGCCAAAACCUUCAAAUUCUUCAAGUAUUCUUAUCAUUGAUCAUGGCUGACACAAAACCAAACAGCAACAUCUCACUGCCUCAAACCCAUCAAGCAAACCCCAAUCAUGAGCCUCUCUUGCAUGCCCUUGAUCGCAUAUCACUGAUCCUCAACCAGAAUUCCAAUUCUGAAAACCCUUUUCCUCUGAGACUCGCCUUAGUAGACAGUUUCGUGUUGGAGAGAGGACCCAACUAUACUGCGUAUGCCGAGUUGAGAGAAUCCAGGUUGCACAUGAAGUGUUUGAUGCAAGACCGCCAACAAAAGGCUCAGGUAUCGGAACCAACUAUAAAACCUGCAACACCACCAAGGAAGAAACAGGUCAAGUUUCAAACUUGUGAGAGAACCUCAAAAGGGUCAUUUUCUAUUGCUCAAUCGGUGCCAGAUUUUUCUGCUGCACUAAGGAAAGAGAAUAGGAAGCCUGUGAACACUCUGCCUUCAAUGACACCACCAAGCAAGAGUGGUAAUCGGGUGGUGUUGAGUUCAAGGGAGAGCAAGUCAGUGAGUGGAGGGGAGAAGAAGAAAGGUGGUGGUGGUGGUAGUGUGAUGGCUAGGAAGAGCUAUGCCUGCAUUGAUGAACUUAAGGGUUUGUCUUCCGCUACAGCCAUUGCCAUCAAUGGUGAAGGUAGAGGUGGAGGAAGGAGUAACAAGGUGAUGGGAAAGACAGUUUCAAGAUUCCCCAGACAGUUUUGAAUGUUGGUGUUCUGGAAAUAUUGAUUCCUUAAAUUUGGACUUGUUCUUUAUUGGUUGAAAUUGUUGGUUUUGAGAGGCUCUGGAAAUGGCUGUCUGAUUUAUCCUUUUUUUCACUCAUUUUGUUCUUAUCUGGGAUUUUGAGUAUCAGUCUUAUUCAUAGGUGUCAAGAUUUGAAUAACUUGAAUGUUCCUUAUGAAUACUCCUAAGGACUUGUAUAAUUCUAUUUUAUGAUCUCUUACUGAGGAUCUUACAGUAUAAUGUAAACUUGUAAAGUUAAGGUGUAUGUAAAAGUGUUUCUCACUGUAACACUGAUAUAGAAAAUACACAGUUUUGCAUUUCUUUUUUAA